UUUAAUACAUUAAGUGUAUUUUCUGGAUUAUACUUACAAACUUUUGCAAUGCAGUACUUUUAACAGUAUUUUUGCAGUGUUAUAUUAGUACUAGGAUCUGUCCACUAUUAAUAACUCUCUGAGCUACCUUCCUAAGCAGAAGGUGGCGGUAACGCAUCUAACGUUACUAUUGAUCGCGAGUAGCUACUGAAAGACGCGAAGAAGAAGAACGCCCAUUUUGCUCUCAGGCAUCGAAGUGUGCUGAAACAUCAACAGACAGAAGAGGACAAAGAGCUGCAAUGGACGGUGAUGUUGCGGUUGGUGUGAAGAGAGGCUCAGAUGAGCUCAACAUGUACGGUAGCAGCCCAAACUCUAUGACCGCGAACGGCAGUGACAGUAAGAAACAGCGUCUGGAUGAAUCCCCUCCCUCCAGAGUUCUCCACAUCAGGAAACUUCCCAAUGAAGUUUCUGAGACUGAAGUCAUUGCUCUGGGGCUGCCCUUUGGAAAGGUCACCAAUAUACUUAUGCUGAAGGGUAAAAACCAGGCGUUUUUGGAGUUGGGUACAGAGGAAGCAGCCAUUACUAUGGUGAACUACUACACAGCUGUCACACCACAGGUCAGAAACACUCCUGUGUUCAUCCAGUACUCCAACCACAAGGAACUGAAAACAGACUCGGCUCUCAACCAAAGGGCCCAGGCCGUGUUGCAGGCAGUGUCAGCAGUUCAGGAUGGAAGCUCUCCAUCAUCGGACCCUGGAGUUUUGGACCUAGCUCCGCCCCCCAGCCCUGUCCUGCGUAUUAUCAUUGACAACAUGUUUUAUCCCGUGACGCUGGAUGUUCUGCAACAGAUCUUCAGCAAGUUUGGGAACGUGAUGAAGAUAAUAACUUUCACCAAGAACAACCAGUUUCAGGCUCUUCUGCAGUUCAGCGACCCCGUCAAUGCACAACAAGCCAAACUGUCUCUGGACGGACAGAACAUCUAUAAUUCAUGCUGCACUCUGCGGAUAGACUUCAGUAAACUGGUCAGCCUCAACGUCAAAUACAACAAUGAUAAGAGUCGAGAUUACACCAGACCUGACCUUCCUACUGGAGACGGAGAGUCAGCCAACAAGGAUCAUUCUUUAUUGGGUACCCCAUCUGGAGCGCUAGCUUCCUACUCUAGUGGAGGAGGUUACUCAUCAUCUCUCUCCCUCUCGCAGGGCGGAGGAGCCAUUAGUCCUCUGAGUGCCGCCGCGGCGGCGGCAGCAGCUGCUGGUCGUGUUGCUCUGUCUGGGUCUGGAGUGUCAGGAGUCCUGUUGGCAUCCAACCUCAAUGAAGAGAUGGUCACGCCUCAAAGUCUCUUUACCCUCUUCGGAGUCUAUGGUGAUGUCCAGAGGGUGAAGAUCCUCUACAACAAAAAGGACAGCGCUCUGAUACAGUUGUCAGAUGGCAACCAGGCUCAGCUGGCUAUGAGCCACUUAAAUGGUCAAAAGGUGUUUGGUAAAGUGAUGAGAGUGACGCUGUCCAAACAUCAAACUGUGGCUUUGCCCAGAGAAGGACUGGAUGACCAACUACUAACUAAAGAUUUUUCUGGCUCGCCACUCCAUCGCUUUAAGAAGCCAGGAUCCAAAAACUUCCAGAACAUCUUUCCUCCCUCUGCAACACUUCACCUCUCCAAUAUCCGGGAUGGAGUUGGGGAGGAGGAUCUACGUCUUCUGUUCUCUAACGGUGGAGGAGCUGUCAAGGCCUUCAAAUUCUUCCAGGACCGUAAGAUGUCCUUGAUCCAGAUGUCGUCAGUAGAGGAAGCGAUCCAGGCUCUGAUGGAGCUUCACAACUACGACAUGGGAGGGAAUCACCACCUGAAAGUUUCCUUUUCAAAGUCUACCAUCUAACCGUCACACGUGUCUCCUGAACCUUAGAUCUCCGGAAAGCAAGGAAGUCGCUACCAUUUGUCGUCUUCUUCUGUUAAACUCAUCUGUAACCCCCCCUCCCCCCUCCUUAUUUAUGUGGUACAAUAUUUUAUCUCUGAAAUGUGCUGCAACGUCCAAAGCGAAACAUUAGAAAUAGUUUUCUGUUAAAAUAUUGAAAAAAUCCAAAUUCAGAACAUUUUCUUUCCAAAUUCCUGCUUUCACUCAUGUGACAUCUUGAAAGGCAACAAAUCAUGAGCAGAACCUCCAGUCGUUUAACUGCGGCUACAUCCAGACUACCACGUUUUCGUUUUAAAACACAGACCUUCUGCUACGGUUGCUCCUCCCGUCCAGAAUAAAACGGCACAUCGGAGCACGGAGGACUUUAAGAACGAUGACUCACUCAAGUUUGACUUCCUGAUUGAGUCGUUGCAAAGAAAAUAUGGCAACAUGCACAGAACAAGUGUGUUAAUGGCACAGUACAAAAUACUACAAAAAUAGAAGCACUUAACAUUUGUACAGUGCGUGUCGCCGUAUUUGCUUUGUGACGACUCCCAGUCUGUCGUCAGAAUCUUCUGCCACUGCAGAGUAGGGCUGGGCAAUAAAACAAUAAUGACAAUUAUCGCAAUAUAAUUUUCCUCAAUAUAAUAAAUGUUCAAUAUAUCGUCAAUAAAUAUUUUGAUUUAUUUCAAUCACGGACAAAAAUGCCUUUAAUAUUUCUAUAAAAUAUUUAUUUUGUUGAGGAAAAGGGUCUGAAAAAAAGAUUUACUAAUCAUAUUUGUUGAAAAAGAUUUUAUUAUAAUAGUUUUGAAUGUUAUACCUCAGAUUUGUUUAGUGAUCCACUGUUUGACAUCAAGUGCUUAUCACCAUAUAGAAAAGUUUAAAAACACAAUUAACCAUCUGGUUUCUUCAAUUUUCACUCAGGAGCAAAAAUCAGCCUUUAAACUUUAAAGAAACAAUGAUUUGACAUGUAUCGUGAUAAUUAUCGCUAUCGAAUGAUAUGAAAUGUUUAUAUCAUGAUAACUGUUUUGGCCAUAUCGCCCAGCCCUACUGCGGAGUAGACGGUCUGCUUCCUGUUUACACCAGGCACACGCCUGCCCAGUGAACGUGAACGGCCCCUAGAUGUGCAUUUAUAUAGAUGGAAAUCACCUCUGAUACGCAGCUAAAACGCUCGUGUGGACGGAGAUUGUUUUCGUUUUAAAAUGGAGUUUUAAAGUAGUGGGAUUUCCCCCCUUUCUGAGACAUUUGCUGCGUUGAGCCCCGGAGCUGUGUGUCGAAGGGAAGGCAGCCGAUAUUACUGAAGCUGCAAACUUCACAAUCUGAUGAUCCGCUUCUAUGAUGACAAACAGCCCGGCGUCGACAGCACAGCAACGGGGUUUCACUAAAUGACACUCUUGAAAGUGAGAGCUUUUAAAUCAGUCGCUCUCUCCCCUUGCCCACUCACUGUACUCCCUUUGAACACAGCAUGCAUCAGUCUUUUCUGCGGGUAUUUUCAUGAAAAACUCUCCUCCCCCUCUCUGGUGUUUACACACACCGAACCCUGGUAGUGUGGAUGUAGCCUUAGUGUCUCUCACCCGGGUGAGUCUGCACACCGUAACAUGUUGGAUGAAGUUACAGGUGCAACACAGCACACUCGUGACCACACAGAGGUGAAACAGAUUUCCAGACUGGUGUUACUCCUUAAAGCAGAGCGUUUGCGUUUUUACUUUACUCGUCUUUAUCAUUGCUGUUGUUUGAUUUGACCUACGCAGCGAUCACCUGUCAGUGUGGCAGUAGUUUGAGUUUCUUUCUCUACGUUGUGUCGCCACCUACCCAUUCUUUUCAGUUCCAAAGCAAAUGCCCAUUUUUAACCCCAAAAUACCAGCCAUCCUCCAGAUUUCAUUUCCAUCAUGUCAUCAAUCAUGUGACUCCUCUUUCCUUUUCUGGCAGGCAGCCAUCAGCUGAUGACCAGUUUUACAUUACCAGCACCCAACGUUACUUUGUAAGCAUUUCAGAAACCUAAACUAAAACAGCUUGCAGCUUUAACAAAUUGGCUGCACUACAUAGAAUCACUUUAAAUGUGCAGUGUGGUGCACUUUUUAAAUUUCAAGAGUCAGCUUUUCUGAACUGGCAUACUUUUCUUUUUAUUCCGAAAUCUGAACAAUCAGUCUGAAGCCGUUUUAUACAUAAGCAGCAAAGUACAUGUUACCUCUUCUUCUAUGGGGAUUAUUUAACGGCAUUCUGGGGGAUGUGAAUUUGAGGCUAAGGCUGCGUGUUGAGGACAAUUUCCCUCGAUAUUUUCUUUUACAUAAUAACUUGGAAUGUAUGCACAUUAACACACAGCUGACAUCUAGUAAUAUUGAGGAUCGAAAGGUGGAGCUUUUACUCGGAGAAUAGAGCCACCCUCUGUUUCAGUCUUUUGUAAAACCAUUGCUGUUAGUGGGUGCACACACAAAUACACAGGAUGGUACGCUAAUGCCGUCUGUUUAGAUAAGGUUUGAAGUGAUCCUGAUCUUGGUCUCUGAUUUUGUGAGGAGGCCCGUUGGGACCAAAGUACAUCAGCCUUUCUGUGCUCUGAUGUUUUGUCUCUUUAAACAGAUUAUUUUACUGGUAAUGUUUGUUGACCUUGUGUUGUAAAUCUGUAGAAACAGAUUAUUUUGUUAAUUAUUUUUAAAUAGAAGUGGAAUCUCAUCUUUCCCAGUCCUCUGUUUGUCUAACAACAAGGGCCUAUUUAUCAAGCAGAGAUGCACAGAAAACUGGGUCAAUGUUUUUAAUCUGAGGUCACCUUCUAAGUGGGUUUUUUAUUUUUUCAUUCAUCUCUGGUUCUUACAGCUGCAAAGUGUUUCUUUAAGGAGAUUAUUGUUGUACAUUCUUUUGUGGUGAAAUACCAGAUUAGCCCAAAUUAAACAUGUGUUUUCUACCAACGA